AUGAAGAAAACGUCGCAUCCUAAACCCAUCCACACUCCCUACGCCGCUAAUCGCGGCCAUGAUAUUCACGCUCACCCAUCACCACACGGCUUUUCCGGUCCGCGUCCCAUCUUCCACCGGCCAUUCCACCAAUGGAGGCCUCUCGUUCACCCCCACGCCGCCCGCCUCCACCGUCCUCCGGAGACUUAUUUCAAGGUUGAACUCCGACUCGGCCUCCGCCCCCUUUGCCGCGAAGAGGUCGAGGCCCUGAUAGAAGAAUGCGAGCACAAGGCAAAGACCUUCACUUUCUACCCCACCGACGACGUCGCGGCCGUGCUCAGUUAUCAAAACUGGGAGCAGGCGCGAGACGCGGCGGCUUGGUUCUGGGAGUCGCUGCUGUUGGAGAAACACGAUUACACGCCGGCGUUGGACUCCAACGUUGUCGUGAUGGGCGAUCUGGAUGGUCGCCUUCGCCUGUUGUUCGCGAGGCACGUGAAGAAGUUGAUGAAGGGGAAGGAGGUGAAGCGGUGGGUGGAGGAGAGUGAUCGGUUGUCGAAGGAGAUUGCCAGGAUUUCAACUUUGCUGAGUAAGCCCUUGCACAUUAACUCGGUUAACCGCUUUCGGGAGAAGAAAGAAGGGCUUGUUACUGAGAUGAACCUGGUUGAAAGGAGGUUGAAGGAGUUCGAGUCUGCCAUGGAGUGUAUAUUGAAGUAUCUGGAGGAGAAGGCUGUUGACGUGGAUAGUGAAGAGUGUGUGUCUGUGUUUAAGUUUGAUGGAGGUUUUGAUUGGAAGAGGAUUCACUGUCUGAUCAAAAGGGAGUGUCGGCGUCUGGAGGAUGGGUUGCCCAUUUAUGCUUACCGGAGGGAUAUUCUUCUGAAUGUACUUUAUCAGCAGAUAAUGGUAUUAAUAGGAGAGACUGGUUCCGGGAAGAGUACACAAUUGGUACAGUUUCUUGCUGAUUCUGGCAUUGGUGCUGAUGAAUCCAUUGUAUGCACCCAACCUCGCAAGAUUGCUGCCAAAUCAGUGUCUCAAAGGGUCCAGGAAGAAAGCAGCGGAUGUUACGAAGGGCAAUCAAUCAAAUAUUCUACAUUUUCAUCCUUGCACGAGUUUGAUUCCAGGAUAACAUUCAUGACAGAUCACUGUUUGUUGCAGCACUACAUGAGUGAUAAGAAUUUGUCGGGGGUAUCAUGCAUCAUAAUUGAUGAGGCUCAUGAGAGGAGCCUAAAUACAGAUUUACUGAUGACUUUGUUGAGAAGCUUACUUUAUAGGAGGCGUGAAAUGCGGCUUAUCAUUAUGUCUGCUACAGCGGAUGCAACACAGCUAUCUGAUUACUUUUAUGGUUGUGGAAUUUUUCAUGUGUUUGGGAGAAACUUUCCAGUGGAUAUCAAGCAUGUUCCUUCUGACUAUGCUGGACAUUCUGGUUCUGCUAUUGCCUCAUAUGUUUCUGAUGUUGUCAGAAAGGCAACUGAAAUUCACAGAACAGAGAAAGAGGGAACUAUUCUUGCCUUUUUGACCUCUCAGAUAGAAGUAGAAUAUGCCUGUGAAAAGUUUAUAGCUUCCUCUGCAGUCGCUCUUCCCUUGCAUGGGAAACUUUCAUCCGAAGAGCAAUUUCGUGUUUUUCAGAACUACCCUGGAAAGAGAAAAGUGAUAUUUUCAACAAAUCUUGCGGAGACAUCACUUACAAUUCCUGGUGUUAAGUAUGUGGUUGAUUCUGGUUUUGUUAAAGAUUGCAGAUUUGAUCCUGCCAGUGGGAUGAAUGUACUUAAGGUUUGCUGGAUUAGUCAGAGCUCUGCUAAUCAACGGGCUGGUCGUGCUGGGAGGACCGAGCCUGGUGUGUGCUAUAGACUGUACUCAGAAGCUGAUUAUCAAUCUAUGGACAUAAAUCAAGAGCCAGAGAUUCGGAGAGUUCAUCUUGGUGUAGCAGUUUUGAGGAUCCUUGCUUUAGGAGUGAAGAAUGUGCAGGAUUUUGAUUUUGUGGAUGCUCCAAGUUCGAGCUCUAUUGAUAUGGCAAUCAGGAAUCUAAUUCAGUUAGGAGCCAUUGAGCUGAAGAAUAAUGUUCAUGAUUUAACUAGUGAGGGUUGGUACCUGGUAAAAAUGGGAAUUGAACCCAGGCUUGGUAAACUUAUUCUUGGCUGUUUAAAACAUGGUUUGGGCAGGGAAGGAAUUGUUCUUGCUGCUGUGAUGGCCAAUGCUAGUAGCAUUUUUUGCAGAGUUGGCAGUGAACUCGAUAAACAAAGAUCUGAUUGUCUGAAGGUGCAAUUUUGCCAUUGCGAUGGUGACCUCUUUACUCUUCUCUCUGUGUACAAGGAAUGGGAAAGUUUGCCUCGUGAAAGGAAGAACAAAUGGUGUUGGGAAAACAGCAUCAAUGCCAAAUCCAUGAGGAGGUGCCUAGACACAAUUUUGGAGUUAGAAAGUUGCUUUGAGCGAGAACACGACCUUAUUACUCCCAGGGGCUGGCGUUGGGACCCUUAUAUACCCUCUAAUCAUGAUAAGAAUUUGAAAAGGGUUAUCCUGUCCUCGCUUGCCGAGAAUGUAGCCAUGUACUCUGGCUGCAAACAACUUGGUUAUGAAGUGGCACAAACUGGGCAAUAUGUUCAACUGCAUCCAUCUUGUUCAUUGCUUGUAUUUGCUCAGAAACCAAGUUGGGUGGUUUUUGGUGAGCUUCUUUCUGUCUCUAAUCAAUAUUUGGUCUGUGUGACUGCAUUUGACUUUCAAUCACUAUACAACCUUCACCCUGCUCCCUUGUUUGAUGUAUCCAAAAUGGAAGAGCGGAAGUUGCAAAUGAAGACAUUGUGUGGUCUUGGCUCUAUUCUUCUCAAGAGACUUUGUGGAAAAGCCAACUGUAAUUUGUUUGCACUUGUUUCGCGUAUAAGGAAAGCUUGUAUGGACGAACGCAUUUACAUUGAAGUGAAUGUUGACCAGAAUGCAAUCCACCUGUUUGCCACUUCAAAUGAUAUGGAUACAACCCUUGAUUUGGUUAAUGGUGCUCUAGAAUAUGAGAGAAAGUGGUUACGCACUGAAUGUAUGGAUAAGUGUUUGUAUCACGGGUCUGGUAUUUCUCCACCUGUAGCAUUGUUUGGGUCUGGUGCAGAGAUAAAAUAUUUGGAACUUGAGAAACGUUCCUUGAGUAUUGAUGUAUGUCAUGCCAACAUAAAUGCAAUGGAUGACAAGGAGCUCUUAAUGUUUUUAGAGAAGAAUACCUCUGGUAGCAUCUGUGCUGUGCACAAAUUUGCAGGCAAUAUGAAGGAUGAAGAUAAGGAGAAGUGGGGCAGGAUAACAUUUAUGUCCCCUGAUGUUGCCAAAAGAGCUGCUGAACUAGAUGGACGAGAAUUUUGUGGCUCCUCCUUGAAAAUUGUUCCUUCACAGUUGGGAGGGGAUAAAACAUUUUCGUUUCCUGCUGUUAAAGCAAAAAUUUCUUGGCCUCGUAGGCUUAGUAAGGGAUUUGGCAUACUUAAAUGUGAUAUAAUGGAUGUCAAUCAAAUCUUGAGAGAUUUCUACAACCUUGCAAUAGGGGGACGAUAUGUUCGAUGUGAUGUUGGCAUAAAGAGUAUGGACAGUGUUGUUAUAAGUGGGCUUGACAAAGAGCUCUCGGAAGCUGAAAUAUUGAAUGUGCUAAGAACUGCUACAAAUAGAAGGAUUUUGGAUUUUUUCUUGGUGAGAGGGAAUGCUGCUGAAAAUCCACCAUGCAGGGCUUUGGAAGAGGCGCUCCUUAAAGAAAUUUACCCCUCUUUACCCAAAAGGAACCCUCACAUUAGUUCUUGCCGAGCUCAGGUGUUUGUACCCGAGCCUAAGGAUGCUUUUAUGAGAGCUUUAAUCAGUUUUGAUGGACGAUUGCAUUUAGAGGCAGCAAAAGCUUUGGAGCAAAUUGAAGGAAUGGUGUUACCUGGAUGUCUUUCAUGGCAAAAGAUAAAGUGCCAGCAGUUAUUUCAUAGCUCCUUGAUAUUUCCUACACCAGUGUUUCGUGUUAUUAAGGAACAACUGGAUGAAGUACUUGCAAGCUUCAGGAAUUUGAAAGGUCUUGAAUGCAACCUGGACAGGGCAGUUAAUGGUUCCUACCGAGUUAAGAUAACUGCUAACGCCACGAAGACUGUAGCAGAAGUAAGAAGACCUCUGGAAGAACUAUUGAGAGGGAGAACCAUUGAGCAUGACAGCCUCACACCUGCAAUUCUCCAGCUCAUGUUGUCCAGGGAUGGCUUUAAUCUUAGAAGCUCAUUGCAGCAAGAGACUGGAACUUACAUUCUUUUUGACAGGCUCAACUUGAAUAUACGGGUGUUUGGUUCCCCAAACAAGGUUGCUUUGGCUCAUGACAAGGUGGUUCAAUCACUCCUUUCUCUCCAUGAAGAAAAGCAGUUAGAAAUCCAUCUGAGAGGGAGGGACUUACCUUCUGAUUUAAUGAAGCAAAUGAUUAAGAAUUUUGGGCCAGAUCUGCAUGGACUGAAAGCGAGGGUACCAGGGGUAGAUCUUUCACUGAACAUCCGUCGCCAUAUAAUCAGUCUUCAUGGUAGGAUGGAGUUGAAACCCAGGGUAGAGGAAAUAGUUUUUGAGAUUGCUCGUUCAAGCAAUCAUUUGCUUGAGACAUUUGAUAAUGCUGGACCUAAUUGCCCGAUUUGCUUGUGCGAGGUUGAGGAUGGAUACCGACUUGAAGGCUGUGGUCAUUUGUUCUGCCGGUUGUGUCUGGUGGAACAAUGUGAAUCUGCUAUUAAAAACCAAGGCACCUUCCCAUUAUGUUGUACUCACAAGGACUGUGGAGCACACAUCCUGCUUGCUGAUUUGAGAUCUCUCUUAUUUGGUGAUAAGUUGGAGGAUCUUUUCAGGGCUUCUAUGGGAGCUUUUGUGGCUACGAGUGGGGGAACUUACAGGUUUUGCCCUUCUCCAGACUGCCCCUCAAUUUAUCGAGUUGCAGAUCCUGGGACUGCUGGUGACCCAUUUGUUUGUGGGGCUUGUUACUCAGAGACAUGUACCAGGUGCCAUUUAGAGUAUCAUCCAUACCUUUCAUGCGAGAGAUAUAAAGAAUUAAAGGAAGAUCCGGAUUCAUCUCUGCUAGAGUGGUGCAGAGGGAAAGACCAAGUAAGGAGCUGCUUGGCGUGUGGGUUUGUAAUUGAGAAGGUAGAUGGGUGCAACCAUGUUGAGUGCAAGUGCGGAAAGCAUGUGUGCUGGGUUUGCUUAGAGUUCUUCAGUGCUAGUGAUGAAUGUUACAGCCAUUUAAGAACUGUACACAUGGCCAUCAUAUGA